UUAUACACUCGUAUUGUUGAAACAGGAGGUUCUGUGAGUGUGAUAUCGACCAAGAGGAAAGAUUGGAACCAGCCUGCUGAAUCUUCCCACAAAGUCCAGGAAAAACGGGAGGAGUCUGAAGUUUUAGUUCAAGUGAAGGGAAGGCGAGAUGAAGAAGAUACACUUAGUUCUUGCCAUUCAUCUCAAGCUGACUGGAUUCGUCAGUACAGGACAAGACUGGAAGAAGAAGAAAUGGAAUCUUCGGACGUUGAGGAGGUAUCUGGUCCAAGGCCUUUCGAUGUGAUUGCUGAAGAAUAUUGUUUGGAAAGAUCUGAUGCUGUAAAAGCAAAGCAGAAGGGUGAUACAAGCAGACAGAAGCAAGCAGGCCUAGCCAUUUGCAAGCUCAAGCAAGAAUUGUCUGGGAUAUCAGAAGCAAUGUUGGAAUCUGAGUUUCUGCGUGAACAAGCUUUUGAAGACGCUACAGAAAAAGAAGUAAAACCCCCCAAGCGUGAUGACGUUCAUGAGUCAGUAAAUGCUGAUGCUCUCUCGAUUCAGCUGUUAGAUGACAUGAACCUGGAUGCAAAUCCUGUUGGAAGCCGUAGUUCUGAGAAAAUUCAACCUAAAGCUCUUCCCUUAAGUUCCCCAGGACAAGAAUUAGCUAUAUCACAUGAUAUAUUUGAUGACAUGGAGCUUGGCGAUUUGUUCUCAGAAGAUGUUCCGCCUUAUGAACCUUCACCUCAUGAACUCUUGGGACGACAGAAGAAGGAAAUUAUGAGAGAACUACGGGAUGAGAAAAAUCUUGGAAAGCUGGAGGGUAUCUGGAAGAAGGGUGAAGCACAAAAGAUCCCAAAGGCAUUGCUUCAUCGUCUCUGCCAAAAGUCAGGGUGGGAAGCACCAAAGUUCAAUAAAGCAACUUGGGAAGGAAGCAAGUUCUCAUAUACUAUAAGCGUUAUGUGUAAAUCCAGUGGAUGUGGUAAAAGCAGACAAGCUGGAGGUUUGGUAACUAUUAAACGUUCUCAUCAAGUUGAGGAUUUUGCAUCUAUCGAGGAUGCACAAAACAGAGUUGCGUCAUUUGCUCUUCAUAAGCUCUUUUCUGAUUUGCCUGUUCACUCUGCAAUAACUGAGCCUUAUGCCUCUCUUGUUUUGGUCUGGAAACAAGAGGAAUCAUUGGGUAUACAAAGCAGAGAAGAAGAACGAAGAGAAAAGUUUGUUGACAGCUUGCUUGAGGCACACAAUUUCACCUUGACCGCUUUGCCGAAUGGCAUGCACGGGGUAAUUCCGCUGGUAGACUCAUGCGUCAAAGAGAGCGACGACUUGAAUGUUGUCAAAUCCAACCAUAGAGCUAAAAGAAAUAUUUCCAUGGAAGCUGUAUGUUCUUCUCUUAAACGAAGACAGGAAAAUAAUAAGAAAACGCAGAAGUACAAGAAUAUGUUGAAAACUAGAGAUGCUCUUCCUAUAUCAGAAAUAAAAAAAAUGACAUACUGCACCAUCUGAAAGAAAAAGAUGUCUUGGUGGUAUGUGGAGAAACAGGUUCUGGAAAGACUACACAGGUUCCUCAAUACAUAUUGGAUGAUAUGAUUGAUUCGGGGCAUGGUGGAUACUGUAAUAUUAUAUGCACACAACCAUGGGUGAUGGCAGCUAUCCUUGGUUUAAAAAAGCGCUUCAACCCCUGAGGCGAUGGAAAGCUCAAGCUCGCCUCAACGCUAAAGCGUCGCUUCGGAACGCUUCGCCAACUUAAAGCGUUAUAUUAACUUGUACGUAAGAUUAGUGGUUAGAACAUAUAAAUCAUUCAGAUUCUUCUGUUCUUUGUAAUUAUCUAAACAAUUAAAACUUAAAAAUAAAGAAUUAAUCCCAACAAAGUGU